AUGGACCAACUCAACAUCUCCCCCGAAACCGCCCAAGGCCUCCAGAACCUCAGCGCCCAAGACAAACAGCAAUUGAACCAGUUCGUCAUCAACGAGUCGCAGAAAGCUCAAAUCCAGCAGACAAUCCACAGCCUAACAGACGUCUGCUUCCGCAAAUGUAUCACCUCGAAAAUCUCCGCCGGCACUCUCGACCGUAGCGAAGAACCCUGCAUGCGCAACUGCGUGGAUCGAUUCAUGGAUGCAAACAUGACUGUCAUCAGGCACUUGGAGCAGAUGAGGGCGUUGUAG